GCAUACCUGGUCCCCUCUACUCCCACCGCUACGGUACGCAGGUCUACCACAUCGUCUGAUUCCGCAGCAUGGAACAGACUGAAGCAGCUCCGCCUCUCCUCAGCGGCUCUGAUGACCACACAAGGUCUCCUCCAACAUCGCCCGAACACUCUCCCGCGCCAGGAGCACUGCCUUCCAUCCUCAAGUCCUCAUCCCUCCACCCAGCCUCCAGACCAGGAACACCAGACGGCCUCGCAACCUCACACAGCACACCACACCUCAGCGGUCUAGUCAACAGCAGCGCCAAUAGUACACGCCCCGCCUCGGCCUCCUCGAGUGCUAUCCACUUUAGCUCCGGUAGUCAUCCAGAGCAUGUAGCACCCUCGGAUCUGCACCCGGCUUCUAGGCCAGCUCACCUGCGCAGGGCAAGCUCAGAUUCGGUCCCCUCGACUAGCCAGACGCCAGAUGAUGGCUCUACUGCACCUUCUGCAGGAAAGAGGGGGAGCGUAUCCUCAAUCGAGGAGGAGACUUACUCUCACACUGGCCCAUCGAGCAUCCUCAAGCGUCCCUCGCGCCCCAAUUACGGCGGUAGAUUAGGGGCAGGACCAGCGCUACCCUCGAACAGUCGCACCGCUUCUUCAGGUGGGUUAAGCGCAGAUAUCAAGCCUGGCUACGAGCGAAGGGUGGGGUUCGAUUCCAUGGUAGAUGCAGACGAGACGGCUUCGGGGACAUUCGGAUUCACGUUGCAGGUGAAGAGUCAUGGUUAUACUAGGACGAGGAAUACUAGGACAUUCAUGUGUGCCGUGGAUGAGGAAGCGUAUUCGGAGAGGGCAAUGGAGUGGCUCAUGGAGAGUCUGAUCGAGGACAACGACGAGAUCGUGACAGUGACCGUCCUCGAGGGAGAUCCAGAUGAGAUCGACCAGGAACAAGCUCGAGAAGAUGCCAAGGAGCUAAUGGCCAAGCUGCUAAUGCUCAAUGAAGAGGUCGCAGAUCGGAAGAUAUCAAUCGUUGUUGAAUUCCUGGCUGGGACGGUAACAAGCACGAUCAUCCGUCUGAUCCACAUGUACCGCCCCGACUCCCUCACCAUCGGCACACGAGGUCGUUCCGUCUCCACCUUCCAAAAGAUCCUCGGCGGGCCCAUGAUUGGCGGUUCCUCCCGCGACAUCCUCUCUCGCUCCCCAGUCCCCGUAGUGGUGGUCCAACCCUCAAAUGCAAGCAAGAAGCACCUCAAGCAGCGGCAGAAUGACCCCAAGCGAAGGAGCUACCAUCGACUGGUGGGUGGGAGCGGGACGGAUUCCCCUGCUCCUGGGUCGGGAGGGGUGGGAAGUGGAGGAGGGGGUGGGUCGAUUCAUAAAGAGGAUGGAGAUGAGGGCAGCGCAGAUCUUGCUGGUGGGGAAGAGGGGGCGGUGGGAGCCAGGAGUAGUGGUAGGGAAUGAGCAGCUCUCCAGGAAAGGCAAGGUGCCAAGGGCAAGGGAGCGCUCCCUGCUUCAUGCUUCAAGCUUCGACUUUGAAUUCCUGUUAGGUACGGGACUCGGUAUAUACACUGUCACUCGAAUAGAAUCAGAAUUUAUAUGGGCUAAGAGUUUACUGUCUCUUUUUCUCUCAUCGUCGUUGGUCUCAUCCAUACGUAUGCUCACCUCUUGAUUCGAC